UUCCUUGAAUCUGCGCGGGAGGGGGGAGGGCUGGGGUGUUAAAAAAAAAGGAGGGGAGGGAAAGGGAGUUUUUUUUAAAAAAAGAGAGAAGGCAGGAACUCUCUCCACACGGAGGAAGGCAUGUGGGCAGUUCAGCGCCGAUGGUGUGUGGGGAUCGUAUUCUUCCCUGUGGUGAUGAUCGCCGGGAUCUGCUCUGCCAAGAGCAUGAAUGAACCCAGCAACAUGUCCUACGUGAAAGAGACAGUGGACAGAUUGCUCAAAGGAUACGACAUUCGCCUGAGGCCGGAUUUCGGAGGCUCGCCCGUUGAAGUGGGAAUGCGAAUCGAGAUCGCCAGUAUAGAUAUGGUGUCAGAAGUCAAUAUGGUGUCUUGCCCGUUUGCUGCUGUGGGAAGAAAGCUUAUUUGAGAAAGGCAAAGUCUUAGCAGUCUUACUGUGUGUGUGGAGUUCUCCCUUUGUUCUAAAACUUCAACUAUAAGCCUUUGCUGUUCGUAAAGUCCAAGAAGGAUACCUUGGUCAUGUAAAAGCUGUAAUAUCAUCAUCACACUCACAAAUUUUCCUGUACCUUCCUUGACCUUCUUUUGAUA